GAAUCCGCCUAUUCAGCACUACACUUACCCGGACGACCACGCUCAGCUGCUGCUUAUGAUAGGAUUCUUCAGUUUCUCUACCCUGGGUACCAGAGAUUUUUUCUCGCGUGUGACGAGGAGCUUCGUCGGCCACAGGCCGACACGUCUUCAGCCUUCGGCCGAAGACACAAGCGGCGAAGCCGCGAGAAAAAACUUUUCGCGCGGGUCACUUUUUAAGACUUGACAGAAACCGGAAACCGCGCAUGAAAAGUCUCUGGUAUCCAGGGUACAGUUUCGCUCGUAACAAAGAAGAAAAAAAAUGUUUGUAUAAAGGGAUGUCUCCAAUGGGUCGGAAAUCAAAACAGCUGUAACUAGAUGUUCUCAUCCAAAUUUUCUUAAGGUGACUCGACCCAGUUUUUUUUAGGGGGUACCAUCCUACUUUGAAGCUCUCUGGUAUCCCCACCUUUACUUUUAUCGUAAGUAUAACACAUAGAAUGGAUAACAUAUAGAUCAAUCUACAAUAUAACAUAAAAUUUUUGGCGAUCGGAGUAAAUGUCACGAGGUUAUAAUGCCACGACCCUUUGAGGUCUGAGUCGAAAAUCGGCUGUUGCCGGCAUUUUUUGGUGAAAAUCUCUCGGCUACACAUAGUGCGCAUUAGUGCCUUGCGCUGAACAGAGUUUCACCAAAAUCGCAAAGACCCAAUUCGAGAAAUUCAGCGGUUUCCAAAUUUAGGUCAUAAUUUAUGCGAAAAUGAUAAGCAAACUUUACACGGAUUAUAUCUAAUAAACUAUGAGAUUCAUCUCUGUAUUUUGGGCAUUCUUAUAACAGAUGGGUCCUUGCAAGUCAGCAAAACGCUUUAGGGCCUUGUAAAUGCGCGCGAUUUCGAGCAAAGCAAACAUAUAGAAAUUAUAGUUUUCGCUAUUUGUUGACGUUUGUCAGCGUUUAAGGGUCAAUCUCACGAAAAAAGCAUUUUCUUAAAAAAUUCGUAGUUUUUUUUCCUUCAAAUUUUUUCAGGGCCACAAUUGAUUAACUAACUACCCGGACUCUGAAUUUCAUGGUCAUUGAAAAACUGUGACAUUAUCUUCUAUAAACCCAAACUUGAGUAAACAUUGAAGAUUUUUAGCGUUUUGGCUGAGUUUGUGCUUUGGGAGUUGUCUAUUGUUUCUAGUCUGCAUUAUACAGCAUUCUUGUUCAUCACGCGUGCAAUGACCGCGCUUGGCUGACUUCCGAAUGCUCACCGAGAUAUUAUAAAUUUGGUACAGUGAGACAGGCCACCGCGUGAUACAUAGAGGUUUAACUAACAAUUUUUAAUCAAUUCUCGUGCUUCUUGUGUCUUUGCAAAAAAAUCAAGAAGUGCUACACUCUAAGUCUACUUACUAUUACAAAAAUAUCAUUUUUUCAUAGGUUUAAUGCAAGCCAAUAAUUAAACCAACUCAUGACGGGAAUAUCUCGGUGAGCAUUCGGAAGUCAGCCAAGCGCGGUCAUUGCACGCGUGCUGAACAAGAAUGCUGUAUAAUGACAGACUAGAAACAAUAGACAACUCCCAAAGCACAAACUCAGCCAAAACGCUAAAAAUCUUCAAUGUUUUACUCAAGUUUGAGCUUAUAGAAGAUAAUGUGACAGUUUUUCAAUGACCAUGAAAUUCAGAGUCCGGGUAGUUAGUUAAUCAAUUGUGGCCCUGAAAAAAUUUGAAGGAAAAAAAACUACGAAUUUUUAAGAAAAUGCUUUUUUCGUGAGAAGGACUCUCAAACGCUGACAAACGUCAACAAAUAGCGAAAACUAUAAUUUCUAUAUGUUUGCUUUGCUCGAAAUCGCGCGCAUUUACAAGGCCCUAAAGCGUUUUGCUGACUUGCAAGGACCCAUCUGUUAUAAGAAUGCCCAAAAUACAGAGAUGAAUCUCAUAGUUUAUUAGAUAUAAUCCGUGUAAAGUUUGCUUAUCAUUUUCGCAUAAAUUAUGACCUAAAUUUGGAAACCGCUGAAUUUCUCGAAUUGGGUCUUUGCGAUUUUGGUGAAACUCUGUUCAGCGCAAGACACUAAUGCGCACUAUGUGUAGACGAGAGAUUUUCACCAAAAAAUGCUGGCAACAGCCGAUUUUCGACUCAGACCUCAAAGGGGCGUGGCAUUAUAACCUCGUGACAUUUACUCCGAUCGCCAAAAAUUUUAUGUUAUAUUGUAGAUUGAUCUAUAUGUUAUCCAUUCUAUGUGUUAUACUUACGAUAAAAGUAAAGGUGGGGAUACCAGAGAGCUUCAAAGUAGGAUGGUACCCCCUAAAAAAAACUGGGUCGAGUCACCUUAAGUAGUACAGUUUGACAGCACCGCCCUUUUUUUUUUCUUUCAAGGCUGAGCCCAAGUGUCACAGCCAAUACAAGGUUUUUGGAAGAGGAUGUUGUCUUAUCUAGCUGGAUGCCAUGUUCCUGAUGCGAAAGUAAGUAUUAAGACGGAAGCCAUUAAGAAAUUGAGUAAUUUUAAUUUUCAGUGGACAAAAACCUUGUACCAGAAUAUUUUGAGCCUUAUCGCAUUUUUUCCUCUUUUUUUUUUUUUACACUUUUUUAAGGGUUAUAGAUGUAAUCAGUUAUCUGUAAUAACACCAAAGACAAUUUCUUUCUGAGGCCCGAGAAAAUAAAUGGCAAAUUUUAUACGAAUUGAGAAAACACAGGUAAAAUCGUCAUGCGUAAGAUUUAAUUUUGUAGAAAUUUGAGGCUUUUGAAGUUUGUCUUCUCUGGCCUUUCGAAUGUGUUUUACGGUUAAAUAUUCCAGCUUAUUAUGUCCGAACUAAGACGACUGAACAUAAACAUCACGGUAAUAUUCAAAAUUACUGUCGCCCUGAUCCGUCAUUGUAAGAGCCGAGAUCCUUGAAGAUAGAUGGAAGAUAAAGUAACUCUUACGAGUCUGGUAAUAAUGGACUUUUACGCCACAACUCGCUCAGAGAAGUACUUCAACGAUCCUUUAUAAUUAGAGUUUAAGUAAUGAUCCGGGUAAGGUGGAUAGCAGUUCCUUUUGUUAUGCAGAAACGGUACUCUUCCCACAUGGGAAUGCUCUCAUUUUUACACACAGAAUGCAUAAACCUACAUGAAGGCCGUUAACGCAAUAAAAUGCAUUUACACUCCACUUUGAAAGGGUGUUUUUUUCUGUUAAAAAAUUUUGACCAAUCACAAGAGUUGAAAACAAUAGCCAAGAAAAGUUUACAAUUUUACAUGUUCCCCACAUAAGAUUUCUUUGUUAUUCAAACUGAGACCAGAUUUUGUUAUAUGGAAGAUGUUUGGAAAGUAAGGAUGAAUAUAUGUACCGCUUUAUGAAGUUUUGUUAACUUUUGCUGUUUACGCCAAUCAGAAGUAAGUACAGACAAUAGAAAAGUUAGCACCUUUUUUGCAUUCCAACAUGUUCGUACGUUGCCGUUGGACCGUUUCUUAAUCCCGAGCGCUGCAUUAGAGAAAGUAAAGAGGCCCAUUCCUUUUCUCACCUGCAGUUUGUAUUUGGACCCCUUAUGUAGAGAGGCCAUUCUGUCGAGGCGACAUCCUGUCAAAAACUUCGCCUUUGGCACAUGUUUACUCAGACUAGUAUCUUUUUGGGGAGUAUGGCGCGCGCGCCCUUUAAAGGACGGACAAACGGGCAACAAGAAACGUGCAACUUGUCUUGCCACGUGACAUUGCCGCAAAACGAGUUGAAUAGCGUUGUUGUGCGUUUUAUCACCCAUAUCAAACCUGUCUUGCAACAAAUCAGGUUGUUAACAGGUUUGACUGACGUGGGUGGUGAAACGUGCAACAUCGUUGCACGUUUUUAUGCGUCCUUCUCGCGUUCUCCAUUGCUCAUCGCGUUUUCGCGCCCCUUCAUUUCCCCUUUCUCAUACCCAUAUUCUCAAUCUAUAAAGGAUGAUGUAAUCAACUAAAGCAUUUGAAAAGAAAGUCGAAUUAAAUUUUGUUUCUACAAUAAUUUGCAAUUGUAAUUGUCGAACUGUCCAACGACCAACCAUCUUUAUGUCAAUCUUGAUCAACAACAAGCAUAACUUUGCCCUUCCUGUAAGUCGUCGUGUGACUGAACCUGAGAUGUACGUGUUUGUGUGCAAGGUAAGUACCCUGUAAAAAGCAUCCUAAUACACUUCUUAACUACGUACUUUGUAUAAUACAAUGACAGUGAGACCGUCAUCUCUUCAUAGUUAGGCUUCUUUAAAGAAUUGUUUCGCCAGUUGCGAUGAGAGGCAAGGAGAGUCAUGUUCAAGUGAAAACAUUCCGAUUUCGCUGUCACGACUUCGUCGAUUAGAAGUUAGUUAAAGCUACAAUAGUAGUCACAUUUGAUGAAGUAUUUAUGUCCACUCCAAUUCUGAUCAAUCUUGUAUUUCCUAUCACUGGGGAAGGGGAGAAGGAGAAAUGCACAUGUCAUAGGCUUUUGUCAGGGGAAGGACCCAAGGGGUGGGGGAAGGUAACAAGACAAAGUCCCCUGGUUCCAGUGCUUCUCAGUGGGAAAUCCCGUCCUGAUAUCUUUCUCAUAUAACUUGGAUUUGGUUGAUUGAGGGGACUUUUUACGAACUACUUCACUAAUAGGACAAUUGCACGAUGACGUCAUUUUACUACAACUACCAGAAUCCUUGAGUUUGUUGUUUUCUUGAGCAAAUUAAGGCUAUUGUUCUUUAAUCCUCAGCGGGAUUGACAAAUUUAAGUAACAAAGCAAAAACGAAAUGAAUUCUGGUAGUUGUAGUCAAAAAUUGUCCUAUUACAACUGAAUGUGGUACAUGGGUGUGGUCCGGGACAAUAUACGAUGUUUUACAUGAAGUACACACACUUUUUGAAGAGGGGCUGCAAGCGGGGCCAUCUUUGGUUAACGAGCUGGGCGAGCUGGGCAUCGUUA